AUGGAUUACCAGAACCGAGCAGGCUCCAAGUUCGGAGGCGGCGGUGUCGCCGACAGGUCCGCAACCAACGCCGACCGACGCGAACGCCUGCGCAAGCUCGCCCUGGAAACAAUCGAUCUCGACAAAGAUCCUUACUUCUUCAAAAACCACGUCGGCAGCUUCGAGUGUCGACUUUGCCUAACAGUCCACCAAAAUGAUGGCUCCUAUCUCGCCCACACGCAGGGGCGCAAGCACCAAACCAACCUCGCCCGUCGUGCUGCGCGUGAAGCCCGUGAGGGCAAGAACCAGGAUCCGAAUAGCAUGCCCGGUGUUGCGGGCGUGCAGGUCAAGAAGCAGAUGAUCAAGAUCGGACGCCCGGGAUAUAAGAUUACCAAGGUUCGCGAUCCGUUGACACGGCAGAUGGGAUUGCUUUUUCAGUUGCAGUACCAGGAAAUCACGCCUAGGGGUGAUUCCGCGUGUGCGAUUUAUAUAGAGGAGCCGGAUAACGAGUUCCAGUACUUAAUUGUUGCAGCGGAGCCAUAUCAGACCUGUGGGUUCAAGUUGCAGGCUAGGGAGGUGGAUCGGAGAGAUGGAAGGUAUUGGACUUGGUUCGAUGAAGAUAGCAAGGAAUUCUGGAUUCAGAUCAUGUUCAAGACGGAACGUGAGGAACGGUUCAGUGGUGUUCCUGGUCUGGCGCCCACGCGGUCGUGA